AUGGAGGUACAGGAAUCUCAACUUCAAAUACAAGAUGAAUGUAUGAUUUGUUUAGAAAAUAUGCAAUCCAAUGAUUUAAUAGGUAAAUUACCAUGUUGCCCCACAAAUCAUUAUCAUAAAGAAUGUAUUGAAAUUUGGUCAUCAAAAUCAAAUAGUUGUCCAACAUGUAGAAAUAGAUUUUAUAAAAUUUUAAUUAGUUUAAAAUCAAAACCAAAUUCAAUAAUAAAUUCUUUAAAUAUAAAAGAUAAAUUAUUACCUAAUCCAGCUAUAAAUCAUAUACCAUCUCAAUAUAUUAUUAAUAAUGCCACUCAAUCAAGACAUCUUUUAAGUCAGUCAAAUUUCGAAGAUCAUAACUCGUCAACUCCCUCAUCAGAUUACAUCAACAAUUCAGGAUUUUGUUGUUUAUGUACAAUUACAAAUAGAAGAAAUAAUUCAACUAUAUUAUGUCAACAAUGUGGUUCUAAUUUUCAUUUAAAUUGUCUUGGAAUAUCUGAUUUAACUGAAGAAUAUUUCAAUUGGUUUUGUCCAAUGUGUGAUUAUAAUCAAGAAACUGUAAUACCGAAUAAUCAUUUAUCUUUAAGAAGAAGAGGUUUAUUAACUAGUAGUAUAAGGCGACAUCUUCUGCAACAGCCUAGAUCACAAAAUAGAAGACUUAUAAUACAUAAUGAUAAUGAUGAACUUAAUGAUGAUUUUUUAUACAAUGAAGAUCUCAGUGAUAAUGAUAUGAGUGAUGAACAAAUAAUACAAUUCAAUGAUAUACGACAUACUUCUCCAAAUUCAACUACACAAAUACCAGAAUUCUCAAGAUCUUCAUCUUCUUCAAAUACAAGCAAUAUAGUUAAUGGAGGAAUACUACUAAGACGUGAACAAAAACAAAAUGAAAAAUUAUCAAUUGAAGAAGUUAAUUCUUGGGAUAUGUUUGAUAAAGCAAGAAAAGAAUCAAUUGAAGAAAAUCAACAAGAGCAUACGAACGCACUUUCUUCAUCAUCCAAUAGUGUUUCAAAUGGAAACGAGAGAAGAAGAAGAAGAAGAAAAAGAUCAGCAGAAGAAGAUAAUAUUGAUACACAAUUAUCACUAACUAAUUCAACAAAUACAUUAAAUUCAACAAUUCCACAAUCAUCAAGUAGGAUAUCAAAUUUAAUAGAUCAAUUAAAACAUACCAAGAAACCACAUACAUCAGCGACUCAACAAAACUCCCAAUAUUUAAAUCAAUUUCCUCAAUCAUAUAUUAAUUCAACAUUAGCAUCACAAUCUGAUUCAUCAACAUCAAUAGGAAAUAGUCCAAUGGAAUCUAAUGCUUAUUCAAGUGAUGAUAAUGAAUAUACUAGGAAUAUUUUAGUGAAUAAUAACAUUCAACCUGAAUUAAUUACAAGAGAUGGUUCUAAUAAACAAAUUGAAUUAACUUAUGAACAAAAAUUAAAAAUACAAAAACAAGUUAGAAAUAAAUUAAAAAUAAGAUAUAAUCCUAACUUCAAAGUCGAAGAAGAUCAAGCUACUGAUAUAAUUACAAAUGAAGAAGAAUUCAUAAAGAUUAAUAAAAAAAUUUCAAGAAAAAUAUAUAAUCAUAUCUUGUCUAAUCAAGAAGAAAAUGUAAGUAUUGAUUCAAUUAUUGAAAAAAAUGAUUAUUUACAAGAAUUAAUUGAUAAAUAUUUUUAA